AUGUCAUUAUUACCUUCAUUAUCCAUUCUAUUGAAAGCUACCGAGCUUUCCUGCAUUAACGACAAUACCAUCAAUACUUUACAAUCUAAUAAGAUUCAAUUGCCACCAUUAAAUAGAGAUUUAUUCCAUUCUCCAAUUGAUCCAAUCCAAAGAAUCCCUUCUAUCCCUCCAUUAAUAGUGAAAAAUAAAACAGACGUCAAAUGUCACAAUUCAAAUCAAAAAACUUUCACUUCUAUUGAAACAUUAACCCCUGCUGCUACACCGGUGCCUUUGAAAAGAUCUCAUAGUGACGUAUCUUCAGAAGAUGUAUCCGCUGCUCGUAACUCAAUUGCAAAGAACAUUGAUAUCAUCGCACCUUCUCCAAUAAGGAAAGGUGAACCAUUACCAAAUAGUAAAAAGGUAUUUGCAUUUGUCACUCAUUCGCCUGACUCAUAUCCUAAAAAUGAGCCUAAGGUUGACGAUGAACAACUGGUUCGUAGGAAAAGAAGAAGAACUUCUUCUCAAGAAUCUGAUAUUUUACAUGCUCAUUUCUCAGUAUCUCCAAUACUAGAUAAAGAAACCAGAUCAAAAUUAUCCAAACUAUGUAGCAUGUCGGAAAAGGCUGUUCAAAUCUGGUUCCAGAAUAAGAGACAAGCCUUGAAAAGACAAGCACUUGCCAAACAAGAAGAAGAGGCUGCUGCCGCCGCCGCCGCCGCUGCCAUAACUUUACCUGAUUCUUCUUCAUUAACUCAAUCGUCACUACAAAAUAAUAACCAACCUGUUAAGGGUCCACAAGCAUUAACCUUCCAUAUCAAUGGUGGCAAAGGCACUUUAAAGGCAAUUAAAACCUCCCCAAAUAACAGGGUCAACAGAUUGAUCAAUAACUAUAGAAACGGAUUAGGGAAAGAACAAAACGGUGCACCUUUUAAAAAUCAUAACGGCAAAACUUUAAAACUAGCAUUUGAUUCGACCUCUAAAAUAUCAUUGAGAUAA